AUGAUUCUUACUGAUCGUUCACUUUGUCAUGAAACAACACGUCGACGUGGUGUUGAAUUUGGUAAUGAUCAGUCAUCCAGUUCCGCUCGAACAACAGGUCGGCAUAUGUCUAUUGUACAGCACGGUCCUAUACAUGAUCUAUUAAAUAGUAUUGGUGCUCCUUCAACGUUCGAUGGUGAUCCACCUCGAACGUCUGUUGUUAAUUGUCUUGUACCCAAUAGUUUAGCCGUUGCUGCCAGGGCAUUUUCUCGUCCAUUGGAUGAAGAGUUAACCCUUGAAGAACAAUUAGAAGCAUCAAAACAUCCAGAUUAUGAAUCAACUGAACGUGUUGUUAUAAAUGUAUCUGGUUUAAAAUUUGAAACACAAUUACAAACAUUAAAUAAUUUUCCACGUACAUUACUUGGAAAUCCAUCUCGACGUGUUUUAUAUUUUGAUCCAUUACGUAAUGAAUAUUUUUUUGAUCGAAAUCGACCAAGUUUUGAUGCUAUUCUUUAUUAUUAUCAAUCUGGUGGUCGACUUCGACGACCAAAUCAUGUCCCAAUUGAUGUAUUUACAGAAGAAAUCAAAUUUUUUGAAUUAGGUGAAGAUGCAUUUAAUAAAUUUCGUGAAGAUGAAGGUUUUAUUAAAGAAGAAGAACGUAUAUUACCAAAACCAGAAGUUCAACGUAAAAUCUGGCUUCUAUUUGAAUAUCCCGAAACGUCUCAAUGGGCACGUGUUAUUGCUCUUAUAUCUGUCACUGUUAUUCUUAUGUCAAUUGUCAUAUUUUGUCUUGAAACUCUUCCUAAAUUUAAACGCUAUCGUGUACGACCAGCUGACAAUACAUCUUAUGAUUCAUCUCGUUUAACAAUCGAAGAAGAUGAUAUACCUGAAUUGACUGAACCAUUUUUUAUUAUUGAAACAUGUUGUAUUGUAUGGUUUUCCUUUGAACUUAUUGUUCGUCUAAUAUCAUGUCCAUUGAAACUUGUCUUUCUUAAAUCAAUAAUGAAUAUUAUUGAUAUCGUUGCUAUUAUGCCGUAUUUUAUUACAUUAUUUACCAUCUUAGCGGAAGAAAAAACGAAAUCAAAUCAAGCUAUGUCAUUAGCUAUAUUACGUGUUAUACGUCUCGUACGCGUUUUUCGUAUAUUUAAACUAUCGAGACAUUCGAAAGGCCUACAAAUUUUAGGUCAGACAUUGCGUGCGAGUAUGCAAGAAUUAGCUCUAUUAAUAUUUUUUCUAUUUAUUGGUGUUAUAUUAUUUUCUUCGGCGGUUUAUUUUGCUGAACAAAGUGAACCCGAAUCAUUUUUUAAAUCUAUACCUGAUGCAUUCUGGUGGGCAAUGAUUACUAUGACAACUGUUGGUUAUGGAGAUAUGAGACCAGUGGGUAUAUUUGGUAAAAUUGUUGGUUCAAUGUGUGCUAUUGCCGGUGUACUUACAAUUGCUUUACCUGUACCUGUUAUUGUAUCAAAUUUUAAUUAUUUUUAUCAUCGAGAUAUUGAUUCCGAAGAACAAAAGGAUAUAAAAUAUUCUAGUGGAACUUCUACCCCGCCACUUGUUGAUAUUACUACAGAUCAAUUUGCUUUAGCAAUACCAACAAGCAAUAGUAGUGGAAGAAUAAAAGGAAAAAAAUCAAUAUCAUCAGGUGAUGCAUAUUAUCAUUUAGAUGAAUCCGAUGCCUUUCUUCAUUCAUAUUCUUCACCUGAAGAUCCAAUAUUUCGUUCACCAACUGCCAAUCAUAAAACAAUCAGAACGUCACCAACACAACAUUUAACACAAAGAAAAAUUUCAACUACAAUUAGUUCGAAUAUAUAUACAUCGACUGAACCACUUAAUGUUGAAACAGAUGUAUAG